GGGACUCACAAAAAAAGGGAACCAGCUCAAAAUUUACCCAAUCAAAUUAGACGAUGCAAGAAGAGUUUGGUAUAACAACAAAGAUGGCGGAAGAUUUCAGAACUGCAAGACCAAAAGAAUAUUAUCGAAAAUUUUUGGAACAAGAAGUUCGACCAGAUGGGAGAGAGCUGGGGGAGACACGUACAACAGUCAUCAAUGUCGGAUGUUUGUCCACUGCUAAUGGAUCAGCGCUGGUAAAAAUGGGAAAUACAACAGUAAUGUGUGGAAUCAAAGCUGAAUGUGCAAAACCAAAAACAGAAGAACCUGCACUUGGAUUCAUUGUUCCAAACGUAGAGUUGUCCCCCAUGUGUUCACCACAGUUUCGCCCGGGAAUGCCAGGAGAACAGGCCCGAGUGCUGAGUCAGUUUAUGCUGGAAGUCAUGAAAAACUCAAAUUGCAUUGAUGUCAAGAAAUUGUGUAUUAAGCCUGGCAGAUUGGUGUGGACCUUGUAUUGUGACAUAGUGUGCCUGGACUACGGUGGAAAUGUCACAGAUGCCUGUGUUUUGUCAUUGCUGGCAGCCCUCAAUAAUACUGUUUUACCAAAUGUGGUAUUGAAUAAAGACACAGACAAAUUUGAAGCUUUUCCUGAUCAGUCCACAACAUUACAGCUGCAGUCUAGUCCAGUGUCUUCCACAUUCGCAAUAUUUGAUGAUGAAAUUUUGUUUGUCGACCCAACAGCUGAGGAAGAAAACCUGGCAACAGGCCAACUUACAAUAGUUACAACAGAUGAUAAACUGUGUAUGGUCCAUAAGCCGGGUGGUACCCCUCUUACAGACCAGCAGCUGUGUUUGUGUAUUAAACAAGCCUUUGAAAGAACAAAAGAAGUUUUAAGACUUAUUGAUGAUACAAUAUCAAGUGUUGAGAGGUAGUUAAAUAAAGUGUGAAUCAUC